AUGGUGAAGAGACGCCGCUGUUGUCCCGAAUUACCAGCCAAACGGUGUCGGAUUGACCCUGCACAAUCAUCUCAGAGGCGUGUUGUGCUCUACACCCCGUCCAGUGAGCUCCUGAGGUGUCUCGGACUAUUUCUACGUCGGAGGUGCUAUAAGCUUGAUCUUUCCCCUACACAGGCUAUAGGAUGGCUGAGAAAUAUUGACAACUAUCUCCUUAUUACGGGUUACCAACCAGUAAGUUUCCUGAGCUCAGGCAGCGUGGUCUUCCUCUAUAUGCUGUGUCGGGACCUCAUCUCCCCAGAGGCAGACAGCGUAGAACAGCUUCAAAUGUGGCUCCUGACCUGCUACUUCAUCACCCACUGCUACACCGGCAAUGAGAAUGGGUAUCCAGAAGCACCAUUCCUGGUGGGCUCAAGGACGGCCUUUUGGGACCAAUGCCUGUCAUACAUCAGCAUUAUGAGCUCCAAGAUGAUGCAGAUCAAUUCCAACCGCCAGAUUUAUAGCGAGACACUUGCUGAGCUGAAAGCGGAGUCUGCCAGAAAAGUUGUAAGAAAACUCCUGCUAAAAAGUGAAUUCUUCAUGGGGGCUCUCUGGGACAAGGGAGAAGGAGAAUUAAUUUAUUGCUGUAGACUUGAGCAAAUAGGGUUCGGAUUGCUUUAUCUGAACCCGAUUCGGUUGAAAACUUUGUUUACAAUAUCUCCUCUAUAG